ACAACAGACAAACCAUUAGGUAGUGAAGAGAGUCGCGGAAACAAGAAAUAAGAAGCCCUUGUCAGUGCUAUUCGAUUCGGAGGAGAUGGCCUCUUCAAAUUUCAAUGCGCAUGUAAAGCAGGUUGCUCAUGCAAUGGGCACCUCUCUAACUGACCACGAUAUUUCCCUCAUGCCCAGCGAACUGAGGCUCAGAGGUCCAUUUAAUUACCACAAAUUCUUCGAGUAUAUGGCCACUUUCAAGUCAACGGGGAAGCUAGAUGAAACAAUUCGAAAAGCGUUCGAAACACUGGAUAAGGACAAAAGUGGCUACAUUGAAUGGAAUGAAAUGAAAUACAUCCUCUCGACAAUUCCCACCAAUGUUCCUCUUGUCCCUCUGUCAGAUGAAGACGCUGAUGCUAUGCUCCAGGCAGCAGACAUAGAUGGUGACGGGAGAAUUAACUACAAAGAAUUUGAAGCUAUGGUUAAGGAAGAAAAGAUGCCCAGAAAAAAGUAGAAGGGUAAAGAUGAGAAAUGUCCAUUGUUAAAGAGUGAAGUUGCACAUGGCACGGAGCUUUGCAUUGACUGGGGUAUCUUUGGAGCUUCUGCAAACUCUUUGAAACCCCUUUCUCCCAGACUCACCUUACAGGAAAUACCAAUGUACACAUUGAAAAAGAAAUUCUUUAGUUCUGAUAUAAUACAACUUAGGGCAGAAAGGACAAAACCUGUUCUGCCUAAUAGAUUGAAAUAAGAUGGGAAAUUUGGCAUGUUUUUUUCUGGGGUGAGGGGGCAUUGAGAUGCAGGAGUUGACGUGAUGGUGCAAUUACUGUGCUUUGAAAACGUUGAAGGUCUAAGAGCUGGGUCAUUAUUGCUGCUUUCCGCUUUGCUGUUUACAACCACGGUGUACCUGUGUAUUCCUGAGUGAACCUGCAUGGGAGCUGAUGGGGGAAUAAAAUCUCGACUCUCUACUGCUCUGUUUCCUCUCACUGCAAUCACGGCGCUGAGCCAUUCAGCAACCUCCACAACUUGUAUGAAUGAUUUAUUUUUGAGAAUGUCAUUUCCUGAAUUAAUAAAACAGUUAUGUUUGCUAUCAA